AUGCUUACGAAUGAAAUAACUAGUCAAAUCACUGAAACUAAAAGACUAAUUGAUAGCCUUAAUAACCCUCUUAAUCACUCUCUUCCUUCCCCCUCUCCCUCUGCUGACUCAGCCAAAUUGCACUCCAAGUUGGAGGCUUUGAAGAAAGUGGAGAAGCUUUGUGGAUUUUAUGAGAAUUCUAAUAAUCAACAAAAUGAUCCUAAAAAUCUCUUAGAGAAUCUUUGCACUGGCCUCGAAACCUUCCUAGGCUUCAACUCCGCUUCCAAAGGCUACAAUGGCACUGGGAUAGUGUACUCCGACCUUGAUAGGCUGUGUGACGGGGUGAUGGGAUUUUUGAGUGGUGUGCUUGGUGCGGUGAAAGAUGAUGAAGCGGUUAAAACGUACGAUAAUUACAUGGAUAAAAAGCUUAGUGAAGUACUAAAAGAGGUAAAUAAGAAUAUUGGCACCGGGCGUACUGGGCUUGUGGAUGCUGUCGCCGCGGUGAAGGAGUGGUUGGAGGGGUAUGGAAGUCAGUUAAACAAUAAAAUUACUGCAGUGAAAGAGCCCAUAGAGGUCAUGAAAAAUUUAGUUGAACACGAUAAAAAUGAAAUUAAAAUAGAAAAAGACAAGAACCUUAUUACGCAGGUGCAGGAAUGGACCGAGCGAGCUGGGAGGUACGCAUCGUAUGCUGACAAGGCCAAAAAGGCUUUAAAAGAUAUUGAUCCUACGCUAUUAGGUAAGUUAAAGUGUAGCAUUUCAUUGCUGGUUCAGGCCACGGGAACGUUCAAGGCGGCGGCGGAGGAUGGAGACCUGAAGGACGUGUAUGAAGAGGCAGGUCAGAAAAUGCAUGAACUCCACGUAUUUCUGGAAAAACGGUUUAAGACGUAUACGUAUAAUUUACAUAAAUACUUGAAGGAUCAAAUUGGAGCAUUGAAUGGUGACCUUACAAACUUUAAAAAUAAACAAUUCUCUCGGUUGUUUUCAUCUAUCAACAUAGAGCUUUUCAAUGCAUUUAACACGGUUCAGACUGCGAUUGAGAGACUUGAAACCAAUUAUCAAAGCAGAAUCGUGGACGGGUUGAGUCCCAUUGUAGAGAAUGCAAAGCUGCUUAAAGGGAAGGUUGAAAGUGAGAAGGGUAUCUUAAGGACACAAGUGACUAGUUUAGGUGACCGAAUGAGUGCGCUCACUACGCUCUAUAGGAGCGUUAAUAGCGAGGUGCCGGACGAAGUAAAUAAGUUUAAGAAAAGCGAUGGAUGGAGUGUGGAGCAGUAUGUCGAGCAAUUUAAGGUUACGAUUAAAGAUAAGAUAUCCGAGUAUGUUACGGAUGAAUUAUGUGAUAAGAUAACUGCUGCUCUUAAGAAAUUCACUGAUCCUAUUGCAAAUGGGAAGGAGAUUAGAGGGACGA